AUGUCCAUCGGAAACGUCCUUGUAUAUUGUAGUCCAGCUGCAGAGUCUUUAAUCAACGAUCUUGGCUAUUCUUCUACAGAAUUUAGCGCUAUUAAUGCUUUAGCUUCAAUUUCAGCUAUUGCAGGAAGCCCACUGAUUAACAUAGUUGUAACCAAAUUCGGCCGUAAAAUUGCUGCGAUUUGUUCUCAAAUUGGAGUAGUUCUUGGAUGGGUUUUAAUGAUUGUCGCUGGAAAAAAGUACAAAUGGAUAGGCUACAUAUCCAGAAUUGUUUCUGGUAUAUUUAUUGGCGCAACUUCUGGAGUUAUUCCAGUAUAUAUCGUUGAACUCGCUCCAGAAGAAUACCGAGCAGCAUAUGGUGUAAUGUGUCAACUAUUCGUAUCAAUAGGCGCAGUUAUUUCAUACGCUUUCGGACUUUUUGCCAAAUGGAGAUUAAUUGCAAUUUUAUCUCUCAUUCCAUGCGGUCUCUUCUUAAUAUUCAUAUGGUUUUGUCCAGAUUCUCCCGUUACUACAUGUCUUACGAACCUAUCAGCAUCAGAACCCAUUUUUCAGAAGAAGUUUAUUUUGCCAACCAUCAUUUCGAUGCUUUCCGUCAUAUUCCAGCAGCUAUCAGGCAUAAACGCUCUACUUACGAACUUGAAUCCCAUUUUUCAAGCCUCCAAAAUUACAAUGUCUUCGGGAGCCGCUGCUGUUUUAGUUUCUUCAGCGCAAAUGAUAUCAACUGCUUUGUCAUCAGCAUUCAUUGCCAAGUUUGGUGAUAGAAUCUGUUGGUCUGUUUCUUCUGCCGGCCAAGCUGUUGCAUUAAUUUUAUCAUUUGUCAAUGAAAAGAAGAAUUUAAGUCCUUAUAUACCUGUUAUUUGUCUCUUCUUUGAUGUUUUCUUGUUCGGAAUGGGUCUUGGACCUAUUCCUUGGUUUGUUGUCGCAAAAGUUUUUCCUGAUUCAAACAGAGCUCUCGCUUCUUGCCUCAACCAGUCCUUUAAUUGGUUGUUAUGUAGUGUAAUGAUAUUCGCAUUCACUCCAAUGAUGAAUGCAAUGACUUUAAGCUGGGUUUACUUCUUCUACGGAAUUGUUAUGGCUUUUUCAAUAUUUUACGGAAUUUUCUUGAUGCCAAAGGAUGAGAAAGAACCAGAAAUACAGAAUGACCUGGAUAUCGAUACAAAUCCGCAAGUUAUUAGAGAAUUAUAA